UUUCCAUUUUGCUGUUAAAUUCUUGCUAGUAUAAUUUAUCUUUAAUUAUUUGUUUCAUUUUUUUCGCAUUUUGUACAUGAAUUUUUGCAACCCCAUUUGUAAAAAUUCGCAGCUUUAUGGAGUAGUAUUUAUCUUAGGGUUGUGAAAACAUGGGGGAAAUUGAAGUUCCAUCAUUAGUUAACUUAUGCAUUUACUCAAUUAGAGAUGAACUCAUUCAAGUUGAUGAUCUUAAUCUUUCAUCAGUAUUGUAUCACCUUCCUACGGAGUUGUUCGAUCAGUUGCUGUCGCAGUUACCUCCAUUGGCAUUGCAGAAAUUACAACAAGGGAAAUCUGAUAUCUUGGAUGAUUAUGAGCUUUUGACUGACGGUGUUGAUAAUCAGAGAAAGCGUAAAAGAUAUCUGAAUUUUGAGGAAGAGUGGAAAAAUCUGUAUGAAGCUCGGUGGCCUGCUUUUGGUUGGAGGAGUAAGAAUUUCAAGAGUAAGUCAUCUGCCAGAUCAGCAAACGAAAAAGAAGUAGAGUGUGAAUCAGCAAAUGACUGGCAACAGAUGUAUUGGGAAGCACAUUUGCAGAAUUGCCUGGAUACAACAGCAGAGUUUGCUUUAUUCCCAUCUUUUCAUGGUCGGAUUAGUGAAAUGGAAGUUCCAGAAUCAAUCCUAAACUAUAUUGAUCAUAGGGGACACAUCAGUAGAUUCACCUGUGACUAUUCCAAGUUCGCUUAUCACUGCCAACAAUUUGGAUCGUAUGCCAGGCACCUGAGAUUGCCAAAUGUUCUGUGUGUGGAAGAAACUUGUCAAUUACUUAGAAAUGCAAGGUUGGAGAGUUUGGAAUUACAAUGGAUUAAGUCUGAUGAGCAUGUCGAGGGGUUAUGCAAACUCAUCAGCCAGAACUAUCGAUCCCUAAAGUCAAUUAAAUUCAUGCAUUGCAAGUUUACAGUUUCUUCUCUUGAUGCAAUUUGUGACUUGCUAUGCAUGCACAGUCCUCAAGCACUUGGGAUGCAACAUUUCUCAAUCAAGACAUCAAGCUUCCUAGAGAACAACUUUCAAUCCUUGCCAGCUGGACUGAUAUCUUUGCUAUCAUCAGGGAGGUCCUUGUCUUCACUAUGCUUAUCAGACAACCAUCUUCCUCGCCAUUUUGCGAGGAAAGUAUUUGAUACCCUCGUUGAUGCUUCAUCUAGUAUUACCGUUCUGGACCUUUCAGAAAACAAUAUCGCGGGAUGGCUUUCUCAUUUUAAAUAUAAGAACAGAAGUAGCACAGAGUCAUCUGGGACAUAUAAUUCAUUGAAGUCAUUAAAGGAGCUUAAUUUAAGGAACUGCAAUCUACAGAUGGACGAUGUGGAUUGUCUCAGAUAUGCUCUAGUCCACAUACCUAAUCUGGAGCAACUUGAUCUCAGUGAUAAUCCUAUCGAGACUUCUGGAAUCAGGUGUCUAAUCCCCUACUUCAAAGAGACGUCCCAUAAAUAUUUCCCCCUUGUCGAAUUGAAGUUGGAAAGUUGUGAGCUUACAUGCUUUGGAGUUUGUGAACUUCUAGAAGCUCUUUCAUCUUUGAGAAAACCAUUGAAUUUUCUCUCGAUCGGAGGCAACUCUCUUGGCAGUGAGAUAGGAACAGCACUAGGGAAGUUUCUAUGCGGAGGUAUUCAAGCUCUUGAUAUUGAAGACAUUGGACUAGGUUCUUCUGGCUUCAUGAGAGCAGGCCAAGAGAUAGUAACGGAAACAAAGCUCCACUCAAUCAACAUAAGCAAGAAUCGAGGUGGAAUUGAAACUGCAAGAUUUCUGUCAAAGCUUUUCUCUUAUGCUCCAGAUCUGUCAACAGUAAACGCAAAAUACAACUUUAUGCCCAAAGAAUCUUUGUCAAUCCUUUCCUCUGCUGUAAAAGCUGCAAAAGGUAAACUGGAGCAUUUGGAUUUGAGGGGAAAUAUCAUGUGUGGACAACAAGUUCAUUUAUCUGAGUUGGCUGAGUUUCAAACCAAUGGAUUUUCUAUUUUGGAACUCUCUUCUUCACCAGCUUUAAAUGAACCUUAUGAUGAUGAUCCUUAGUUGCUUCAUGAGUUUCUGAUCUUGUUGUCGAUCAUGUUUGGUAUUUAAGUGGAGAAAGGCAGAUGGAAGCAGUACCAUUGUGCUCUCCUUUUCUCGCACU